CAGACCUGACCAGACCAGACCUGACCUAACCAGACCAGACCUGACCUGACCAGACCUGACCAGACCUAACCUGACCAGACCUGACCUGACACAGAGGAGAGGUAAAGCCUCCUCUGUGAUUGGAAUAAGGGUCAGUAAAAAGACCGGAGGAUUUAGUUGAUCACCUAGACAGGUAAAGAGGAUUCUUAACAUGGAAAGCCAGUUCAUGCGAUGCCCCAAUGCCCCCAGUGCGCUCCAGUGCUCUGGCUGAAAUGGGCUCCCUGUCCCCCCCUCCGACUGGGGAUGACCUGAAAUUAGAGCCAAGCCGCCAUGGCCGAAGGCUGUGACUCGGCCACCAGGAGAGGAGGCCCUAGGCCCUGGCCUGAAAGAAAGAGGGAGAUUAUCCCAUUCUGCCCGGCCAGUCAGCAGUGGUGGUAUUGACCCGGGCCCACCCAGGGAGAGUCCAGUGAGCCGUGAGAUGGCCUGAUAUACAUGCUUACUGAGCUGGACAGAUUCCCUCACUCUCACCAGGGAUAAACCCAACCUUACAAGGCACUGUCUUAAACACUGCUCUGGAGAUUACAGGAGUGACCCCCUCUCUAGGUGGAAACACACACACACACACAGCAGAGACCUCAUCCUAUUCACUGUCCAGGCUACCAUUAGGUGUUUGGCAAGGCUUCUCAUUGUUUCUGUCCUGUGAGGCGAAGAGGGGUCAUCAGAACAGAACGGGCCAAGCAUCCUACAGGGGCCUGGUGGGAAACAUUCUGAAAUGAUAGUAAAUAACACCAACAAUAUAUUGGCAAUUACUGUAUCAAUAUCUCCAGUUAUGAUGACUAUUGUGAAGAAACAAGGUGAGAGAAUUUAAACUCAAACUAAACGGGUCAACACUAUCCACUAUACAGUUCUGAGGUCUGUUGGCAAACAUUAAAUAAAACAAAUAAAUGUACCUGUAGUUUUUCUAGACCCAGUCAACGUAACUUAUAUUUACUUAAAUAAAAUAUCUGAUUACCCCUAAAGUUUGCUGACACAGACUUGAUCACUAUAUGGUGCAUAAACCCUACAAUAUGUCCACUAAUAUUCAGCUACACAAAACACUUGCUAGAGUUAUUUGCCAUAAAAAGUCUACAAAUGACUUAUCCCACAAAUAAGACCCAAUGUUGAUAUCUGUCCCUAGUUUACAAUUGCUGUAUGUUUGAAUAUGUUUUGACAUUUGUUUCCCUAAUGUGGAAAAACAUUGUGUAUUUUUUAUAUUUUUAAUUUCACAUAUCAAAUAACAACUGGACAACAUCACAAUGAUACAAACUCACAAACUCCUCUGAGCAAAAUCACCUGAACCAAAUGCUGUAGGCUAUUUGAAUACAUUUUCACAUUUUUGAUCAUUUACCAUGGUAUGUCAUAUGGCCCGAACCGAGCCAUCCAGCUUCCUCUCCACUGUCCAAUGACUUCCUAGGACAACAAACAGUUCCUCCCUGCAGGGCAGUAAAAGUCCUGUGGACUGUAAUCAAAGGGAUUAGGGGUGGCCAUUGUCCUUUAAUUGAGGCACUAUUGGCCAGUUAGUAGUGGUAGUUUGUUUGUAGGUGCCUAACAACCCCAAACAUUACUGACACAAAUGACGUUUACAAUGACAGAGCAGUAGACAAAGCAGGCCUAUGUCCUGCAUAUGACCAAAUAAAGCAAAUAAGACUCAAUAGAAAAAUAAAGGAAAUAGAACAUAAUUAUCUAUAAAAAAAUAAUAUUAGAAUAUUAAAGGUGUAUAUUAUAUUCAGACUAUAAAUGGUGUAUAUUAUAUGCAGACUAUUAAAGGUGUAUACUAUAUUCAGACUAUUAAAGGUGUAUAUUAAAUUCAGAAUAUUAAAGGUGUAUGUUAUAUUCAGAAUAUUAAAGGUGUAUAUUAUAUUCAGACUAUUAAAGGUGUAUGUUAUAUUCAGACUAUUAACGGUAUAUGUUAUAUUCAGACUAUUAAAGGUGUACAUUAUAUUCAGAAUAUUAAAGGUGUAUAUUAUAUUCAGAGUUUUAAAGGUGUAUGUUAUAUUCAGAAUAUUAAAGAUGUAUAUUAUAUUCAGAAUAUUAAAGGUGUAUGUUAUAUUCAGACUUUUAAAGGUGUAUGAUAUAUUCAGACUAUAAAUGGUGUAUAUUAUAUGCAGACUAUUAAAGGUGUAUAUUAUAUUCAGAGUUUUAAAGGUGUAUGAUAUAUUCAGAAUAGUAAAGGUGUAUGAUAUAUUCAGACUAUUAACGGUAUAUGUUAUAUUCAGACUAUUAAAGGUGUAUGUUAUAUUCAGACUAUUAACGGUAUAUGUUAUAUUCAGACUAUUAAAGGUGUACAUUAUAUUCAGACUAUUAAAGGUGUAUGUUAUAUUCAGACUAUUAAAGGUAUAUGUUAUAUUCAGAAUAGUAAAGGUGUAUGUUAUAUUUAGAAUAUUAAAGGUGUAUGUUAUAUUCAGACUAUUAAAGGUGUAUGUUAUAUUCAGAAUAGUAAAGGUGUAUGUUAUAUUUAGAAUAUUAAAGGUGUAUGUUAUAUUCAGACUAUUAAAGGUGUAUAUUAUAUUCAGACUAUUAAAGGUGUAUAUUAUAUUCAGACUAUUAAAGGUGUAUAUUAUAUUCAGACUAUUAAAGGUGUAUAUUAAAUUCAGAAUAGUAAAGGUGUAUGUUAUAUUCAGAAUAUUAAAGGUGUAUGAUAUAUUCAGAAUAUUAAAGGUGUAUGAUAUAUUCAGACUAUUAAAGGUGUAUGUUAUAUUCAGAAUAGUAAAGGUAUAUGUUAUAUUUAGAAUAUUAAAUGUGUAUGUUAUAUUCAGACUAUUAAAGGUGUAUAUUAUAUUCAGACUAUUAAAGGUGUAUGAUAUAUUCAGACUAUUAAAGGUGUAUAUUAUAUUCAGACUAUUAAAGGUGUAUAUUAUAUUCAGACUAUUAAAGGUGUAUGAUAUAUUUAGAAUAUUAAAGGUGUAUAUUAUAUUCAGACUAUUAAAGGUGUAUAUUAUAUUCAGACUAUUAAAGGUGUAUAUUAUAUUCAGACUAUUAAAGGUGUAUAUUAUAUUCAGACUAUUAAAGGUGUAUGAUAUAUUUAGAAUAUUAAAGGUGUAUAUUAUAUUCAGACUAUUAAAGGUGUAUUUUAUAUUCAGAAUAUUAAAGGUGUAUGUUAUAUUCAGACUAUUAAAGGUGUAUAUUAUAUUCAGACUAUUAAAGGUGUAUGAUAUAUUCAGACUAUUAAAGGUGUAUAUUAUAUUCAGACUAUUAAAGGUGUAUAUUAUAUUCAGACUAUUAAAGGUGUAUGAUAUAUUUAGAAUAUUAAAGGUGUAUGUUAUAUUUAGAAUAUUAAAGCUGUAUAUUAUAUUCAGACUAUUAAAGGUGUAUGAUAUAUUCAGACUAUUAAAGGUGUGUAUUAUAUUCAGACUAUUAAAGGGUGUAUAUUAUAUUCAGACUAUUAAAGGUGUAUAUUGA